AUGUCCGGGUCCAACAUUUUGCGCUUUCUUAUUACUUGCGGAAAAAUAAAGGUAGGCUCUGCUCUGGUGUUUUCGUACUUGCUUGUCAAUGAGGGCAUUGUCGUAAUACCGACUCACUAUUAUCUUAGAUUAUGGCCAUAUAUGCCCUAACUCGUCGGCACCCUCUUAAAGAUGACAUGUGCCCAAUUCCGAAAUAGAUGUUGAUUGAUGCUCGGUAGUUUGCUUGCUACUUUAACAACCACACGUUCUCCGACUUUUGCGGUGUCUUGUAAUUUGCAAUUGUUCGCUCUUACUCAGGGUUUGCUGCGCCAGCCAUGCGCGCUGCCUCAGUAAUGCACCCGAAUGCUCAAGGUUUGAGGUUACUUCAGACAGGACUGAGUCACCGUGGUUAGUAUGACGUACCUGAUACUGCCAACAAUGUCAUCCAGAUCAUCAAUGUGUUGGCAUUCUAACAUUAACGUUAGUUGAAUUCAUUUGUAAUACACAGGUAAAGUACAAAAAUACUCGUAAUCUGUAUUGAGUCGUCUCCUGUCUAGCUGUAAAUGAUGACUGCCGAAACAAUGUUUCACUUUUUGCUGCCUAAGUUAAUCAAUCGCACCUGGCAUUCUUGGUGCAGCCUGUCCUCCGGACAUGUGUGUCUGUUUUAGUUCGCAUCCAUGGUCUCGACCUCGUAAUCGACCAUGCUAUUUAAGCAGUUUUACUAUCGGUAUGUAUCAAUAUUAUGUCGUCCAAGAUACCCACGUCUUGUGAAUCCGCCUACUCCCAUUAUUUACUACCCGUUCCAUCUAGAGAGACCGCCUCAACAGGGUCGGCGUAUUUGCCUCAGGUACUAACGGCAAAACCGCAGUAUGCCGUACCAACAAUCAAUUGAUAGCCCUGGGAUGGUUGGAUUAGACUGGUGGAUGCGUGACGCGACCACUCCUGCGGAUGUUAACAUCCGCAGUUUACUAUCAGUUGUCUGGUGGUCGACGCAAAGUUGGUGCUACGGAGAAUUUCAUUACCCCUUAUGUAAUACCUCUGGAAGCUCUCAGCCCACGAGAUUUCCUUCCACGGUCCAGUAGGCGUCGAAUUGUGUUCAUGGACGUACCGGGGCCCUUACGUUUUUUUCCUCCCAGUAGUUAGUGACUUGACAGUUUGAGCAUGCCGUACUACAAAAAAUCCUCAGUUGUGCCCGCCGAGGCCAUCGAAUGGUCGACAGAAAUUUUUUUCUCAAAAAUUCGGUUAAGAUAUUUAAAAGUUUUCUCAAUCAUCGAUGGACACGUCAACGUUCUCCCUCUAAGAAUACCUUUUGUCAUUUUCAUCUUGUUGCCAAGCGUACCGUGAGAACAGGAUGGACACGUUAUGGAAUAGAACGUCCCGAAAGCGUGGCUGAGCAUAUGUACCGCAUGGCGCUUAUUUCAACUCUCUUGCCGAGAACGGAAAGCUUUUCUGUAGACAAGUAAGCCACUCUGAACUCAUGCUUUGUCGCAUUUGAAUUGUACACGGUCUUGGAUUUCCUGGGGGCUCGAAUUGGGCUGCCACACUUUUGCGCUAGGCUUAAACGGGACUACACUCAUUAGUUGUGUCGCUUUAAUUCUGUGUCAAUUUGUGUGGCACACACUAAAGACGCAGGCUCGCGCUACGUCAGUUUGUUUGCAUAUUUAGUCUACAGUCACAUAAGCGACUGCUGUAUGAUAAAUGGAAGGGUGUGGCCGGUACUGAGCUGUCCACGGCACUUGAGCACAAUGGCAAUUCGACCGUCGUUGCCGACGAUAUCCACCGUGUGCCUCGCCCUAGGGUGAGAGCGGGAAUGAUGACUUGCGCGUGAAUUAGUUUAAAGUGAUAACAGACUUACACUAAACAUACCACACUCCUUCGCCCACGUGGACCCGGUGUUAAGACAGAGUCAAGAAGACCGGAGGCGGGUGAGGACGCAAAUGACUAACAUGGCGUAAACCCGUACCUAGGCGUACCACCACACAUUCUGGCCCACAACGUACAUUAACCAGAGUUUUACACAACCACAAAAAGGAGGUGGCUCGGGUCCCGUGGAGUGGGAAUACCAAAGGAGCAACAUUAAGGAGCCAUUGUAGCCUGUCUCCCAGUCCGCCAGUUGGUCACUCCAAACAAAUAUACACUGGGCUGACUACGAGGCUCUAGUUAUCCCGUCCGUUGACAACCUUCCGAGCCACGGCUUCUGGAACACCAUGGUAGACUCAAGCGCGUUAGGUUGUGAGGAAUAUGCGCGAUGACCGUCGAUCUCACUAUUCGAAUGUCCCAGCCACUGUCCGAGUCGGUCACAUGUCUGGCGCUUGAAGUGUGCGCAUGGCUGGUAGAGCUAGAGGGCUCGUCUGCGAGCACCACACGCACGACCUGGCUCCCUGAACACCGGCACCAGGGUUUCACAAAAAGGGGUGUUCACAUUUAUAUCACAUGCAUGAUAAUGCCAGAGGUCACGUUAUGGCCCAUUGCAGCCUUACUCUCAGUCCAUUAGUCGGCCACUCCGCACAAACGCACACUGCUCCGACUGCGAGUUCCAACAUUAAUUGGUAGUCUUCCAAGCCACGGCGCAUGAGAAAAAUACUCCGUAAAGCGAUUCUGACCCGCGCAGAACGGUCACGGCGCUCAAAGUGUCGUGUCUUAAAAGACCGCAAACGGACAGCACAGUUCUGUGGCCUUUAGAAGUAAGAUCAGACUGCAGCGACCUUUAUGCGCUUUUACCUCUGUGAGAUCCGAGCCCCUGUCCCACAUGCGUCGGAGGACAACUCUGUGUCAAGUCGACCACCGUCUCCAAUUUCAUCCUUGGUCUGACGGACUACAACGAGCCGCCGGGACACGAACCAAAAAAGCAAAGCGGAUUCGAUCCAACUUGGAUCAAGUGCUUGAUUCCCUAACCGUAGGUCAUUAUACGCGCUGUAUAUCAUGGCUUGGAAAGUUUCUAACUUGUUGGACUAAUCUGUCUUCCCACACUGGCGGGCAGACUGCAGCGGUGCUUGUGUGUGAAUUUUAUGAUACUAACGUGAGACUAGGGCCUCCCUUGCCGGUGCCGAAUACGCGUGGACCGAGAGAUCAGGUAAUGUAGACACGCAUAAGUGGGCAAUCUAGUGUUGUCCGUCAUUGGCCACCACCACCUGCAGCCGUCUUGACUUUAUCUUGUCGUUCGUGCACGACGGGUUCUGAAAUAAGGAGUACAGUGGCUUCUGUGCAAUUCUGCCUCACUUUGAAAACGUUUGUGCAAGUCAUUGCUGCGCCCUCAGACCGCACUUCCUACGAUAUCAAACUAUCCGGUCGCUUGUGAGCGCCGGCCAUUUGAGAUUUCAUUGGUGUACAACUUGUGGCCAUUAUAAUAGACACCGGAUUGUCUUGUUACGUAAAGCAAGUUGGGGAGAGAAGUGGAAACCUUUUGGUUUUCAAAUAUCUAUUUUAUUCCCAGCUACUCUUCCUCUGUUGUCAAUAUGUUAGGUGUCAGAUUGGGUGUGCGGUGUCACUCAACCACCCUAACCAGUUAGGAUUUGUUGGUAUUUGGUAUUAUUACCAUCACUUGCCGGUCAUUAGUGCUUAUCAGUCUUGACAGUCAGCGCCAUUGACACCUAUUUCUGUCCAUUUUCUUCACUCGACGGUUAGACCUUCAACAAUCAUUGUCUCUUCGAUGUAAUACUCUCGAGCACUUGUGAUUGUUGUAUUCACUAAUCUGUUCAGGCCUGACUUGAUCGCGUCCACUACACCUGGGACAAAGACUGAGGGCUCGUCUUUACUGUGGCAACCAGUGUACGUACAUAAACUUCUAAACACCUGUCUAAGGUGUAGUAUUUAAGAGUCACGGCGUUGUCAAACUGGUGCACCGAUUGGUUGCCUUCGAGCUUUAGCGCCUAAAUGUCGCUUAUAGAUGGAGGACGUACUGAUUUCUAACUCGUACGCAUUUGGUAAACCCGACUUGUGUGACGUGGUGGUUUCCUGCCGCACGCAGACGUCGGUGGACUAGAAUGGUUUGUCGAGUUUCAAGCCGUCUGAACAUCUUUCUGUCUUUUUCUAACUGGUCAUCCUUGCAAUAACACGGAUUAGGACGGGGAUUAAAAUCAAUAAAGUGGAGUGCUUUCACGGGCCAACGCGAUAUGUAGCCGAACCGUCUGAGACUGUUACCUUUUAUAGCAUCUCCAUCAUGAAGUGUUCCCAGUCGACCGUGAAGUUAUAUGUCCCAGAUAUAGUCCGUCAUCUUGAACUACAGUUUCCUUCGGAGGUAACAGGUCUUGCUUCGUAGUGGCUGGACAGAAUGGCUUUGACUGCGGUCUCGCACAUCCUAAUCGUUUUCUGCUCAACCACGCAGACGCUUCCUUAAGCGAUAGCAGCGACAAAUACUAAGGGCAUUGGAGUGUUUCUAGCUUAUUUGUCGUGGCAAGCCGGGCAUACUCCGACCCAGGGCUCCCAGGGCAUGUGUUUGAAACUCAUGUCCAGUACACUUCCAGCUGAGUCACGAGCUCUAGCUGUGCUGUAAAUGAGAAUGUUAAGGACCUCGGGAGAUGUUGUUCAGCGACCUCUUCUUUUUACCAGAUAGAAUACGUCCCUUUCAUUGGGCUUUAGAACUCUAACCCAAGACCCUCACGAGUGCGCGCAUAGCGAAAAACAAUCAAUAACCGAGACAAGGUCUUUCCAGCCCGGUGUGCGUGUACGGCUGACAGUGGACGGUAGGUAUACCGGAAGUAGAAACCCAGUCUCCUUCGUCUUUGCUAGUGAUACUUUUCAAUCAGUGAUUGCCGUUCACAAUGAUACUUCCUAGAACUAGUCCGGAGCUUCCAGGGAUACACACCUGUCGUGUUCCGCCCUGUAAUCAGACUAGAUCUGUAAGCGUCACUUGCGUGCAGCCUAGUGUUUUGUACAGUUAGCAAGGUUAUGUCCGCAAGUAUUAGACUAGAUGUAUAUUUAGACGGAUCUGCCAGUGUAUGUCCAAAUCUUGGGUUUAAAAGCAAAGGAUAUUGCGAUUCAUGGAAGACCAGGCGUCUCAAGUUCUCCAGAAUUACAACGAUAGUUACCUGUUCAUCAUCGUUGUCUCAGCAAAAUGCUUGUCUUUAAAUCAACAUGGCGUCUGAUAGAAGAUAUCAAUCGUAGUAGCAUUUCCACCACUGGGAUUAGUUCAAGUGCAUUGGAAAAUCCCCCAUCAAGGAUCAGCAUGUGGAAUAUAUGGACCGGUUUAGUUAUUUUUAACUCUUACAAGGCGCUCAACCCUACUUACCUAUUUUUGGACAUAUCUAAAUGCGUAUUUAGGGAUUUUUCGCGAUCUUGAACAAAUUUGAGCAGAUACAGCGGGGACUAAUCGCUCAAGUAGGUGCUGAAGGUUGUAUUCCCUUGCUCAUUGGACUUUAAUCUACCUUACGAAGAAUUGUCAGAUUCUGCCAGGUGUGGAACCUGGCGAAAACAAGUUUCUAGCAGCUGGGUAGACCGCAAUUUGCACCUACCAAAACUGGUAAGAACGCUAGAUUCAGCGUAACCUACUUUCGUGGGUUUUUCCAGCCAAAAAUUCGCCUGAAUGAGGUACCGCUGCUUGUGAAGGGUUAUCCAAGCUGACUGAUUUCAAGGAGCGUUAGGUCAUUUCCUGUAUGGAAGCAGAAUUACCGAAUCCUGUUUCGUUAUUACUCGGUUCUGACCGUCCACAACCUUACCACGAAGACAGAGUCCGGGAAUUCAGUGUAGACUGUUUAUCUUGUGCAGGAGCACACACCCCAUCAAUUACGAUAAUGAACCAUGCCGUCACAUGCAGAAAAUUUCCCAAAUGGGGUUAAAAUCCCGGAGGUUGUAAUUCCUUGCCCAAGGUGGAUACCCACAUCGUGGUGUGGUGACUCGACUAGAAGAUUUUUCAAUUACCUCUGAGGAUGCCACUCACAAAAUGCUACUUAAGCAGUAUUGGUUAUUGAUUCUCCAUACAAAUCUAACCAUUUUUGAUAGUGAUUUUUGAAAGAGUGACAGUUUGUUACCAGGCAGAUAACAGUAAAGACUAGGUAGGCGUUCACCCGAUGAGAAUUACCAACCGUAUGUUCUAGGGUGAGCUGUAGAGGAUCUUUGGCCCGACCCCCUCCCAACCAUAGCCGGAGGUGUUCUUUCAUUUUCUUCCGAAGAUCCAAAGCCGUCCGAACAAUGCGACCCUUUUUACAGGCACACAUGAGAAUAUCGACACAAGUGGUCCAAAACGGAAAUUUUCAUUUAAUCUAAGGCGAAAACGGCCACGCUACAUGCGACAUCGUUAUCAAAGAGUUCUUCCUGGGGCAGAAUUUGUUGUUUUUUUAUGCAUGUUUACUAAGAAGCUAACUGGAAUUUACACAGUGAUGGAUGUGUCGAAAGAAUUGCUUCUACGAUGCAAUCCAAAUGCGAAUUUCUUAUCCAGCGGACACCUGUGUAGACAGACCGAUGGGAUGGCCAUUGAGUCCUCGCUAUGACCCCUUCUAGCGGGUGUCCUCGAGGGGCUGUUUGGACGGCUCCAACUGGGAGAGUUCGUCGAUGUUAGGUCGUUAUUUCGAUAGAACCUUCGUAACAGGUGAGUGGUGGACCCAAACGAGGUGCACCAAAAGCUCGAUAAGAUGCCUUCGUCCGCAAACUACACGGAAGAUACUUCACAUCCGUUUAUAAAUUUUACUAACGGGAAGUACUGAUGGUUCGGUCAGGAGUCGCCCGAGUUCUCUUAUUAGGAUAGAUUUGUCCACUUUUAUGAGACUUUUAUACUUGUGAUAACCACUGGCGAGACGGCGGUCCAAUAGCUCACUGGACUCAGGUUAUCAAUAAUGGAAGGCUGCGUGUUCGAACUCAGUAGCUGGGGUAUGGAUGGUACGCGAUCAAAUAAUCCAAUGACCACUAAAAUUCAUGUGUUUUGGUAGCUAUUUUGAAAAUAUUCCAUCAGGUCUUUUUAGAGAGGAUAGUUAACUAUGCAGCUAUCGAAAAUCACGGCGGAAAUGUAUGUCGUAGGCAGCUAUAAUAACUGAUGUCGUAAUGCGUAAAGUAACCCGGGUCCCUAUGCCAUUGUCCGCAUCGAAAUCCUGAAUACGUAACCUUUCAUUUGACAGCAGAUCUAGGGGAUUUAAUGGGUUUUAUGACCUUCGACCCCCAUGUGUGUGUUCUGUUUCACUUGUCUGUUCCAUUUUCAGCACUUCCCAUCGGAUAGUUAUGUAGCUUUUGGGUGAUAUUUUCAGAAAGGAGUUCGUGUUGUUGCCUAGUAAAAUGAGACCGCAGUUGUGAGAUGUGCCCCUCUGGUCUAGCAUCUACUAUCCGAUGCGAUCUUUCCAGUAGAAACUAGAACAUUCCUUCUGAAGCAAUUACGAUCUGUCCAGUCGGUAGUUUCUUGGAUUGCCAUACUUCUGGUUUGCAAAACAAAUAAACCGUUGUGAUAACGACCCUUGACAAUAUUUUUCUGUGAGCAGUAUCACCUGUCAUUACCAAAGCAGUGUGCAUGCAUAAAUGUUCCGCGGUUUGUGAGUAGGGAAGUCACUUUUCAAUAGACUUACCCCGGUCUCCAUUGCUUUAUGCCUGCACCCAAGUUAAGUAAUCCAAUAAUAAAGCAGUCUUGGCCAUUCUCCUUAAAUCAGCUUCUACGCUUCGAAGAAUGAGGCAAAACAUGUUUUGAGAUGAUGUUGCAAAAUUAUCAGUACCCCAGCUGAUACUGCUCGCAUUGCUGAAUAAACUCACAGCACCGGUGAUCUAUCAACUCAUUUGUGAAUUGUUAUCUCUUUCUCUUAAGGGUGAUGAAGAUGGCCAUCAUCCACGAUCUCGCCGAAUGCAUUGUCGGAGAUUUAACUCCCUAUUGCGGAGUUUCUGUCGAGGAGAAACACGCUCGAGAAGAGGUUAGGUUUUCCUCUGUGCUGUGUUCCAGUCCGCAUAGACCUUUAAAACGGAACUAACUUGCGCCAGACGCAAACAAUCACCUAUUAAACGCGGGGCACACGUUAGACAGGACUUUACCCCACACAAGCACCUGCGUUUGACUUUGUUUCCAACUAACUUGACUCGGAAUUACUACGUUUACACGAUGGGAAUAAGACUUAAAAGUGCGGCCGACGCCCAUUGGAGUCCGUACGAAGCUCUACAAGUAGCUUAUUAUCCCCCGGACUGAGGGUCGGGUUGCAGUGCACGAUGCCUAUACACAGACCAAGUCACUGAAUUCGGGUUUGUGGGGAAUGAAGUAACGCACUGACUAACCGUUGAAUAUUUUGCAAGUACCCACGAAUCUUAAGAAAUAAACACUUUUUAGUUUUUACGCUUUUCGGUGCUAUAUGAGAUGAACGUAGGGGUUCCCCAGUGAUCAGUGCGGCAAACUCCGUUUUAACAUUUUAAGCCUUCUGGAAUAUAUUCCUGGUAUACCAGGCAUUCGAUUUUUCAGAGGGCAUUUGCUUGACUUCUAGGCCUUUGUGGAUUGACCCUCUGGAACCAGCUACUGUAUUGAUGACUUGCUUAAACCAAUAUAUGGCAGUGGCCGGUCAAUUAUUUGUUCUCAUUUCAUGUUAUCUGCAUAAGACCAACCGUCUUUCAACUGCAUGUUCUUGCGCUAAUUGUAGCAAGUCACAACUUUAUUGGAAGUAAUGUUUAAAGGGGUCAAUACUUCACCUUUGACUAACUUUUUAAUUUCUGCCCUUUCCAAAGCGCCAUUUCCAUUUUGAUUUGCUUUUUUUCAAAUUACCGACUGUUUGCUUUUCCUGACCAUGCCUCUGUAACUCUCCUGAAAUUUUGACGCAAGUUCGUAACGUAAUGACUUUCCACCGUGCGAAACUGCUGUCUCUUUAGUCAUGUUAGGAAGAUUCUGUCUGUCUUGCAUGAUCGGAAUUGACGAAUAUUGAAGUCAUUUUCAUUCAAACACGCCUUUAUUCCACAUGCUCACCUACUUUUGCGUUUGAUAGAUUGAGGUGGUUGAAAAAUCUUCGCUACAUAUAGAUUUACGAGGACUCGUUUGCAUAUUUUUCUUAGUUUUUCUAGCUUAAACUCAUCGUAAACUGCAGACCGAAUUCGGAACAUCGUUGUUUACAAACUCUUUGGUCAGAAGUGCAUACGUGUGCUCUGAUAUCCGCAGGUUUGUCAGCCAUACUUACAAAAUCUAUCAGCUGUGGAAGACUUGUUAGGUUAUUUGUGUCGGCGAUUCCUGAGGAUAUUGUCACAAAGCAUGCGUGCAGACUACCACGAACACCUUAAAAUGUGAAACGGGUUCCCGAAGAUCCUCGGAUUUUAAUUAAAUGUCUCCUUACUCUUAAAUACAGAUGUUCAAGGACAUAGGUAAGACUUUUUUGUUGGGGAGAGAACAAUAAAUGCAUAAAUAGCCGAAAAUGUCGGGAAACCUACGCAUUGUUUAUUUUUCGGAUUUGUUCAUGUACGCAACCAGAUGUUCUCUUGAAAAGACGUUAGAUAGUUGUGUGAGCGAUAAGGUGUAUUAUGCAAUUCAACUGUCGCGAACGAUGACUUCUACCUUGUGCCCCACAGAGUGGGUGCGGCGCCUCUCAACUUACGCGUAAAUUAGCUUAUAGUGAAGCAGACUUCCUUAAUAGCUGCCAUACUCUCCCCGCCCUCGCCCACCUUGCUCCAGUAGCAAGACAAUGUCAAGACGACCGCAGGCGGGCCCGAGUGCGGUGGCUAACAGAGAUAAACAGCCCAUCUGCGCGUCCCACGCCAUUUGUUUCCCACCCUUGUUGUACCCUGAUGCACGAAGUACAUACCUCGCACAUGCGUGAGAUUUGCAUUUUCUGGCAUGCGAAGUUUCACUCGUCAUUGCGACGAUGACAAAGCUGUUCUCAUACCUGAUGCUGAAAAGGGGUAUGACAUUGCAUGGGUGGCGCGUAGUGUGUAGAGGGUUCAUAUGUGGCCUAGGGAUGUGUCUGUGCGCAGGAAGGGCGCGGUGUGGUGUUGGGGUCCGGAUUGCAGUGUUUUACCGAAGACUUUCAUUGAGGCUCAUACGGCCGAAUAGGCCCAUGCAUUGGCUGAAUGUCCAUGCAGAAUGUGGAAAAGUGAGGCGGGCGCCACAGAUCUAUGUUGGGGGCAUGGCGGUGGUUUGUCAGUCUUAGCGCAACAGCUUCGCAAGUGGCCGACCAGUUCGAUACGCGAUGCAAAUUUUCUGUGGCAGUGCAGACGGUAUGUGACUGCUAAGUUGGCGGUGCUGACGUGCGGUAGGUGGCGACGACGCCGGUGGUGGAGCAGUUUUCUGAUGCAGGAACUGGACUUGCAGUGACAUUGCGGUGAAUUUCUCUGUUUCGGAUGCGCAUGUGACCAAAAACACCCAUGGGACGUCUGAAUGCCCUAGGCCAUUGCGGGCAGCUGAGGCACGCUUCGUGGCUUCAGGUGCUGACCGCCGAUCUCUGUGUGGUGAAUUCGCAAGUGAUCAAUCAGGCUAAUGUGUGACGUGAAACUGCAAUAGCAAUGAGGGCAGGUUAGGAUUGAGCCCGCAUUGCUGGUGGUGGCGGUGGCGGCGGCGGCGGCGGCGGCGGAGUUUUUGAAAGGGAAGGAGUUACAAUGUCGAUAUUACAUUGGGUCCGAAAAUCCCCGACGAGGACGAUUCGCGCUUAGAAUGUCCGCUGCCAACGUGGGCGUGAUGGGGCUGGGUUCUUGAGUUGUUAGUCUGCGACGUUUGCGAGCCCCUGUCUUUACCUUAACAGCUACUAGCCGGUUGGCUCCGCAGAUGAUUGCUCCAGUUUUCACGGCGGUUUCCCAGGCUUGUCGAUCUUUAUUGAAGUUCUCUUCUCAGGCCUCGGGGUUGAUUUACGGAUUUUCGAGGAAAGUCUUCAGGGUAUCCUUGUAGCGCCCUUUUUUAUCGGCGAGCAUCCGUAACGACGUCGCCGUAGAUUAGUCGCUUGGAUAGGCGCUCAUCAUCAAUCCUUACAAUCUGACUGUUCCAUCGCAGUUGUAUUUGACUCAGUAUGGCUUGGAUGCUUCGGAUUCCUGUCCCUUUGAAGACUUUCGCAUCAGGGAUCUUGUCUUACCGCUUUAGCUUCAGUAUUUGCCGGAGGUAUCUGAUAUCAAAGUCGUUAAGCCUCCUCUGUUGGUCUUCGUAGACUGUCCAGGUUUCAACCAGAUACGGGAGCGUUGUCGGGAUGACAGCUCUGUACACCUUCAGUUUCGUGCUGAGGCGGAGGCUGCGGCGAUUGUAAACCGAGUCCUGCAGUCGACCGACGCCUUGGCCGGCUUUGGAGGUCCGAUUUGCGACUUCGUACUUGGUCGUUAUAUUUACUGAAAUUAUACUGCCUAAGUAGGGCAUUUUUCCAUGGAUGCGAGGUGAGUUGCACUCUCGUUGGUCCUGAGCCUAGUGUACUCACUUGUUGGUGCUGUUUGAUGCUUGACCAUCGUCUUCAUAUUGAUGGUGCUACCUGAGUUUGCACAAUCGGGACCGAAAAGGUCCAUGCUCGUUUGUGUGUCUAUUUCUGUUGUGCUUUUGAACACAAUGUCCGCCGCAAACGCGUGAUCGUAAACAGUAGUUGUGGAGACUUACAUGGGUGCCUACCUGCGAUAACAGGUUGUCUGUUUAUCAUACGCCCUGGUUUUCUUGACGCCCAGGUGGGAGAGAAGGAGCUAUGGCAGUAGAUGCAACGAAAGUCUUCUACCACUAUAAACUAGGUCACGCUCAAGUCGUCGCCCCUGCGCUAGCGCGCUAUGGGCACACGCCGGAUGUCUCGGAUACGGCGGUCGAACUGUCGUGUUUGAUCGGAGAAUAUGUCAAAAUUAGUACUGCAUUCUGUACAUUUUGCAUUGCUCUUUUUAAAUAUGGGCAUCUGACUCCCUGAGUUCGGUUCGAUUUGUUGAAAACCAAGGUCUCUUUCGUUGUUAGUAUCCUUUUUGUCUCCACUCGACAUUACUUGCUGCAUGUUUAUCCACACAGGCCGCUAUGGAAUCAAUUUGCGAACCAUUGCCGGCUGACAGUCGGGCCGAACUCGUUGGUUUGUUGAAGGUUUGUCUUUUGUCAUCUAUCUUCUUUAACCCGUCCGUCUUAAGGAGUACGAUGCUCAGUUGACACCAGAAGCUAUAGUUUGCAAGGAUCUAGACAAGUAGGCCUUUACUCUUCAAGUCGAGCGCGACACAUCUGUAGAUUUGAAAUGAUCCUACAGGCAUUUGAGUAUGAAAAUGAGGCGGGACAUCCAGGCUGGCUCGAAGAAUUCUUCCAGAGCACGGAAAAUGUCUUCAAAACCCCAUGCGUCAGGGAGUGGGUUGCUGCCCUUCGGGAGACUCGAGCACGGUCCACCCAGUGA